AUGAAUGAGGAAAAAGAUAUGUCUGCAGUAGAUCCGGUUCGAGAAGACGCUGAGCGUUGGCUCCAUGAGGAUAAUUUUGUACCAUUCUCGCGAGGUCUCGUAUUGCUGGUGGUGGAGCUAGUACUCAUAGUACUACUUCUCAUUAUUGUAAGCCUGAGGGUUUACUCAAGAUCCUUUCUGAGCAGGUUCUUUGGGUUAGAGGAUUGGUUUAUCGCUCUAGCAACUGUCUUCUAUAUCGGCUUCACGAUCACCACUUGCCUCGCAACUUUCGACUACGGUUGGGGUAACCACAUCUACAACCUCCCUCCACCUACGGUAGAGAAGGCGCUUAAACUCCUUUGGAUCUCCGAGCUAUUCUUCACCUGGUCCCUUUGUUUCACAAAGCUCUCAGUAUGCGUCUUCUACCUUCGCCUUCUCAAUACUCGAUUAUGUAGACGGAUAAUUUACAUCUGUAUGGCAGUCGUAGCACUCUGGGUCUUCGGGUUUUCGGCGGGUAUCAUUGCACAGUGCAAUCCGGUCAAGGCAGCAUGGAGCGUGCACCCUCAACCUGGAGAAAGAUGCGCAAGCAUUGAAGUAGGAAUCGUUGCACACGCAGUGGUAGAUAUACUGACGAACUUGAUUCUGUGGACAUUGCCUGCAAAACUUAUGCUUGGAUCGGGGUUAAGAGGGAAACAGAGGGCAUUGAUAUUGGGGUUGUUUGUUCUGAGUGGGAUUGUAUGUACUGCAGCAAUUACACGAGUCCCCUAUACCAUCUAUACAAAAAGAGACACCACUUGGUAUCUCAGAGACUCCUCCAUCUGGAGCGCCCUCGAAGCCUCCCUUGCCAUUAUCUGCGCCUCCCUGCCUUCAUUAUCACCCCUACUCGCAAAAAUUAUGCCAAACCUCUACCACAAUGAAUACGAUGAUCAAUCUCACCUUUCCCACUCCCGCUGUAGCAUCGCUAAAGGCUCUUCUUUCGGCGGCGGGGAGCUCACACUUGUAGGGAGCGCAUUCCCAUUGGCACAUAUUUCAACUACCGCCAUCUCAGAUAAAUGCUAUGCAGUCGGAGGCGGAGGCGGAAGCAGAUGCAAUUGGUUUCAUUGGCCAAUGCGUGGUGGUGGCGGAGGAGCAGGCGGCAUUUCUAAUGAACGCAAAGCGCCGAAUGAGAGCGAAGAGAAUAUUGUUAUUGGAAGCAAUGAUACCCUCGCAGGAGGCAUGGGUAUUACCAAGACAACUGUCAUUGAGCAGAGUAUUGAUGAUGGUAUGGGGAUUGAAAGAAGAUCACCUUCUCCAAAAUUGGUGGGCCGGGUGACAUUUUGA